AUGCAAGGAGUGGUAGACGUUGGGUUUGACUUUAUUCAGCAACAUUUUCAUUUUGAACAGACUCAGUGGUCAACUGAGUACAGAGUGCUACCCUGUCCUAGUAAUAAUACUUAUGAAAUUCAAUUUUCUUUUCCUCAAGUGCAUGUGCGUCCAACAGAAAAUCAGCAGUGUAUGUCGGAUAGCGACUUAGAGAGUGACUCUGAGACUGACGAUUCCAGGCCAAGAAAAAAUGUUUCAUUGCAACAAAAAAUGAAAGCAUUGGAUGAUUAUGAGAUGCUUUUGAAUAACAACAGCUUGAGUGACAUUAAUAUUAACAUCAAUGGCAAGACUUUGCAUGCACAUAGAUGCAUACUGUCAGUAAAAAGUUUAGUAUUUGCAAAUAUGUUUACCAAAAAUAUGGUUGAAAAAAACACGAAUACUGUCUUAAUUAAUGAUAUUACAUAUGAAGCAUUUCAUGAAAUGUUGCGCUUCAUGUAUACUGGUGAGAUAAAAGACAUCAACAUGGCAGCUGAUCUUUUGUACGCUGCUGACAAAUAUCAAAUAAAAGAUUUAAAAACUAUUUGUAUCGAAAAUCUUGUUACAAACAUAAAUGCUGAUAAUAUUGUAGGAUAUUUUCAUCUUGCAGAACGUCACAACAGUGAAACAUUGAAAAGUAAAACUGUCAAGUUUCUUCUUAAUAAUGCACAAACUGUUAUUGAGAAAUCAGAGUUUAAAGAACUGUCUAAUAUAAAUCCGAUUUUUUAUGAAAUCUUUAAAGCAAUCGCUUCCAAACUUAAAUAAUGAAACAAUAAACGUCUUAGCUUUGAAUUUUCUUGAGAGUACAUUUUGCAAAC